CUUUAAUAAGAACUACAACAUCCAUAACGCUGUAAAGAGGCGUUUUGUAUGCAGCGUGCCUACGGAUUGGACGAUACAAUACGAGACAUCGCCUUAACUCCCCUGCCCUUCUGUUAUUCAAGCAAGGAAAACUUCCGUCUUCUCGGGGAAUCCACAUUAAAACAGAAACAUUCCAUUUUUUGGGUUUGUCUAUUUACCAUUACCGUGAAUGAGGUACCACCUGAAUCUGUAAUUUCUUUUCACCAAAAGUGGUCCUUGGGACGAGGAUGACAAUGGAAGAGAUGAAAAAUGAAGCUGAGACAACCUCAGUGGUUUCAAUGCCGCUUUAUGCUGUCAUGUACCCAGUCUUUAAUGAGCUUGAGCGAGUGAAUUUAUCAGCAGCACAGACUCUGAGAGCAGCUUUUAUUAAGGCUGAAAAGGAGAUACCUGGUCUCACACAGGAUAUUAUCUUGAAAAUUCUAGAGAAGAAGAAUGUUGAAAUGAAUUUUACCGAAUCUCUUCUGCGCAUGGCUGCAGAAGAUGUUGAAGAAUAUAUGAUUGACAGGCCUGAACAAGAAUUCCAGGACUUAAAUGAAAAGGCACGGGCAUUAAAACAGAUUCUUAGUAAAAUACCUGAUGAAAUUAAUGACAGAGUCCGAUUUCUUCAGACAAUCAAAGACAUUGCAAGUGCAAUUAAAGAGCUUCUUGAUACAGUGAACAAUGUGUUUAAGAAAUACCAAUAUCAAAAUCGUAGGGCCCUUGAACACCAAAAGAAGGAGUUUGUGAAGUAUUCUAAAAGCUUCAGUGAUACCCUGAAAACAUACUUUAAGGAUGGAAAGGCAAUAAAUGUUUUUGUGAGUGCCAACAGACUAAUUCAUCAAACCAACUUGAUACUGCAGACCUUUAAAACUGUUGCCUAGAAGCUUUGAUUCCUAGAGGUGUAAUUUUUAAUGUUGGAUAGGAGAACCUUUAUAUGUAAAUGUAAAGUUUUCAACUGUAUAAUUUAUAAGUCUUGCUUCAGGGCUUGAAGCAGGAUCUCGAACCGAAUUAUUUCAAGCUUCCACCAUAUUUUUGUAAGACUAUCUUAGCCUAAUCAUUAUUUCACAAUGAAGAUUCUACAUCUUUUUUGCUAUUACUAUCAUUCUAUUCAAACAAAAGCCAAAAGAUUUUGCGCCUUAAUGUGUCAUGUAACAUUCCUUAUGAAAUGUAAAUAUUGGUAUUCUGUUGACAUUUUAACUUGAAUUACAAGUUAUGUAUUUAACAAUAUUUGGUGGCAAAUGUUCAAUAAAUAGUUUACAUAUGUCA